AUGGUAUUCGACGAGCGUCUGGGUUAUGACCCAGACGAAUGGGAAGAAUGUCCGGAAUCGGAGCACUUCAUGGUGUUCUCGCCGUUCACCCGCUAUCUGCUCACCGCCGCCGCGAUCGCGUUCGCCUAUUACUUCUUCAAACUACUCGACGAGCACAAAAAUGGGCCGGCGAGCAAAGAGGAGGCGACGGCCGAGAAGAAGAAUGAUGAAGCACCUCAAACAGCGGUACAUCUUGAUGGCAACGAGGCCAUUCAGAAUGUCAAACACCAAUUGCAAGAACUUCCGAGUGACGCCGAGCAGCUAUUGCGUGAAGCUGAUCAGUACCUUCAGAGCAACACAGACGCGAAACGAUCGCCGCUAUCGGAGAAGGUGUUCAGCAAGUUCCCGAGUCUUGAGCUUGACAUCACCACUGGAACUCCGAUUAGCGCGACGCCCGACACAUUCCAUAACACGAUGAGCGCGGUUGAUAGUCAUUUGCGCGAGACGAAGACGAUGGACUUGUCGCCGCGUUCGCAAGACUCGACGCAAUUCGAGCAAAUCGCCUCGGAGCCGGCGCUCAAUUUCGAACAUGUGCCGCCACACCUUCGCAACGCCGCCCAACAGUACUAUGAGCAGCAACAGCAGCAGCGGCAAAACGACAGACCGCCGGUGCCGCAGCACACCGCCAGGGACAUUUAUGAGCAGCAGCGGCACGGCACGGCGCCGUCGGCGUUCCAGCCGGUGUCGCCGCAUGGAUCGCUUGGUAGGAAGUUGGCGAGAGAGAAGCGGCUCAGCGAGCAAGACGAGAAAGCGAUGCAGGAUUGGGAGGCCGAGAAGGCGCUUCUCGAAUCUGAGCGACUCAAGAAGCUUAUGGAUCAUGAGGCCGGCGGUGAAUCGAACACCGAUUUGUCGACAUCGCAAAAAGCGUACGACAUGUUUGCGCCAGCUUCGCACAUUUCGUAUGAGAGUCGCAGCGGUGAAGCUCAAUUACAACCAUUGACGCCGCUUGCAGCGCGUCCUGAAGGAAAUUUGAAAAUGAGCAAGUAUGUUUGA